GAUGUAUCUGAUGGCGAUACAGCCUACAAAGCUGAUUUAAUUGCGUCCUCGACACAUGUGCAAUGUGUAGGUAUGCAUACCUAUGCACUACACAAAACCGAUAUUACGAUAGGGCCGUUAGCAAACCCUGUGAAAUUGAUCAAUAGAUUUUUUGCUCUAAUAAUUCCCACAAUUAAAGUCUCCUAUAUAAGCUAAUGAACCUACGCAUGCCGCGUGCACUAUUGUCUUAUGUUCAUUAGACAAAGCAUACAGUAUCCGCGUACGCCAAGAUGUUGUCUCGCGUACUAACCGCUUGCGUUCUGGUGUCGGCUUGCCAAGCCAUCUUCCCGUUCCACCACCACCACCACCACCACCCGGCCAUCUCCCACCAGGAGCUGCAGAAGCACGACGGACCCCACCACCCCGUCCACAUCCCCAUACACCACCAUAUUCCCAUCCACCAUCACGUGCCGCUGCUGCACCACCACGUGCCCCAUGUGCCCCAUGUGCCCAUUCACCACAUUCCGCAUCAUGACCAUUAUGCGUUCCCCGAGUACAAGUUCGAAUAUGCCGUGCACGACCACCACACGGGCGACGUGAAGUCGCAGCACGAGCACCGCCACGGUGACCUGGUGAAGGGAGGCUACGAGCUGGUGGAGCCCGACGGCCGUCUCAGGAAGGUCGAGUACAAGGCUGAUGACCACACCGGGUACGUACCAGUUAGAAUAAGUUUUUGGCAAAAAUUUCAUUUUUGGUACAAGCUUUUAUCGCUGACUGUACUUUUUUUUCCACAGACAACUAAUACUCAUCGAGACAAUUCUAAAAACCCCAAACACAAUUAGGUUCCGUUGUUUUAUCACAGAGUUCCUAUGACUACCUCCUGUCUCCAUCCAUGAUCAGCUCC